AUGGCCUCUCGAGCAGCCUCCAAGACGGAUAUAUCCUCCAAAACUGCCUUUGUUCAGCCUAUGAUCACCUCCCUGUUCGGCCCAGGACGGACGACCGCGGCGAGCAAAAAUGGGGCUUUGCGCUCUGCUACCCAGGUUUCGAAGGAUGGUGCUCAGAAGUCGAGGAAGAGGAAGUCUGUGACUGGAGAUGAGGAGGACCCGGAUUGUACGGUGGUUAAUCCUAAUUUAUUGACAACCUCUGUCCGGUCCUCGACGAAGAAACCAUUCACUACCCCGCUUCCUUCUGCCAAGCGCCAGAAGACGUCUCGUUAUUCUACAGGAAGCGAAUUGGAGAACUCUCCAGCUGGAGAUACGACGCUCGUUGGCACACCAGGCAGCGGUAUGGCUAAGAGAUCUGUUAACACUCCCGCCACUUCUAAGGGAAAAUCCGCACACGCAGCUUGGAUCGACGUGAAGAAAGCAUGGGAGGGCCAACGUCCGGUAUCUGCUGCUUCUCUGGCACAGCAUAGCCAACCGACAACCCAGAGUUCGCUGAACGCAUUUGGAUUCACAAUCGAACAUAGCUCAACACCCAUCCAAGCAAGCGCCCCUCAUCGUCCUCAUGUAUUUUCCCUCGCAUUCGAAGAGGAAGAAGAUUUUGAUUUUGAUGCAAUGGCCCCUGUCCUCUCUUCUCAGACACCAGCCGAGGUUCCUCUGGAGAGUCCAUUCAAGUUCAUAACGAGUUCUUCUCGCUCGCCUUCGCCCGAUCUACUAUCGCCAAUUAAGACAAAGCUGCCUCAUAGAAGGCCUCUCAUGUCCUUACCGAUUGCACGUCUCUCGAAACCCGCUCCAUCCUCCACAUUUGAGAAUUUCGCUCCAAUGCCCGCAAGUCAAUCGACAGUAUCCACCCUUCUAGAGCCUAAUGUGAUCAAUCCCCUGUUCCCUGCUCGCCCAAUCAACCCACGUCCGGGCAUGCGAUCUCGAACAGCAUCUGACGUUAAUCGACGGCAUCACAGUUCAUCUUCUUCAGUCUUCGGUGAAGAGGUCGCGUUCACGAUGCCACCGUCGUUGCCGGACACGUCGAUGGUCUCUUCGGAUCUUCCGUCAGAGAGCUCAUCUCCCGUCCUGGACAGCUCCAUCGCAAAAAUAUUGCUCAAGGGCCUUGAUAUCCAGCCGCAUGAAACGGAGGAACUGCUCCCUGACGAUCUUUCUCUCGCCGCUCUAGCCUCGGAUAAUCCACCCGAGCAAGGACCAGAAGCUCACAAAACCACGCCUCCCAUAUUGCCCUCCACCAUGUCGCUGGACCACGCAACGAUGGCGUUCACAAUGCCGCCGACUAUUCCCAACAGUACGCUCGCGAUGGAUCUGGCUGAUUAUCUGUCCUCAUCAGAUGCGUAA